AUGGCGUCUGCUGUCAACUCUCUACCCUCGAAUGGAGCUGGAGCCACGCCGCUGAACUCCUCCGUUUCGCCAAAUACGAUGGCUUCUAGAGCUGCCGGUCGUCCUUCUUCCGGUGUCAAGGGAGCAGAUGUCAGUCGUCGUCAGUCAGGGAGCCCCGUCGACGGUGGUCAGAGACGCCCCAGUUCCCAGAAAGCAUGGACGCAGAACAUCAACCCUGCUACCCAGAAGCCAUCCAGUCCGUAUCCACAGCAGAAUGGAACUGCAUCAAGGAAGUCUGCCAUGUCUCCCAGCCCUGCCUCCAACAAGGAGUCGUCCACUCCCGACCAACACGCACACGACCGGCUUAUCUUCCUUCUCACAGCCGCCAUCGGGAGCAAUGUGUUCCUCACCAUGAAAGAUGGCGAGAAAUUCACCGGAAUCUUCUCCGGCUCUACGCUAGAGUCUAAUGAAACCAUAAUAAUCCUUAAGAUGGCCCGCCACCCCCCGUCAGACUCUGAAGCCGCAUCGACACAGUCGAAUGGUGUCAGCCAAACUAAAUCCCCCUAUCUUGGCUCCGGCCCAGACCAUCAAUUGAUGAUCUAUGUCCAAGAUAUCACCUGCUUAGAUAUCCCAUCACUAUCAACUUCAGGCGUAGCAGCCAAGGAGCAGAACGGACCUUCAUCCGGCUUCCGGACCGACACCGAUAUUUCUGGAAACCAGCCAGGCCGUGAAAGGCAGCUGCAACGCUGGGAACCAAGUGGAACAGACGCAACCAUUGAAUGGGCUCCGGAGUCAGAGAACACUGGAGCAGGAUGGGAUCAGUUCGAAACCAAUGCUCGACUCUUCGGCGCCACAUCGAGCUAUGACGAGAACAUAUACACCACUCGUAUCGAUCGGUCCGACCCAUCUUACAAGCAUAAGGAAGCCGAGGCUGCCAGGAUUGCUCGGGAGAUUGAAUCUUCCAACACCGAUAAUGUGCACAUGCGUGAGGAACGGGGCCAUGUCCAACAUGACGAUAUCGAUGAAGAAGCGAAAUAUAGUGGUGUGAGACGUGACGCAUCGGCUGUUGCUCCCUUGCCUUCAGGACAGCCUAACAAAUAUAUGCCCCCGGCCAGACGACCACCUACCGGCCAGCCAACUGUGCCUGGUGCUCCAGUCGACCCUGCCAUUAUUUCUGCCCAGGUUGCUCGCCCUGACAGCCAAACCAAAGCGCCAUCUCAGCCCAAGGAGACUCCUGCAGCGCCCUCCAGUAAGGGGCCACAGGAGAAGGCUCCCACUGCUCCCACUGCUCCCACUGCUCCCAAGUCUACCGAGGCUCUGAAAUCCGUCGCAAGUAAUGGUGCAAUAGAUGCCGAACGUAAAGUAGCUGCAGCUGGUUCUUCCCAGGCGUCGUCUACUUCGUCCGCUCCACGAACGGGCGGCGAAAAUGCUGCCUCUAAUGUUGAAACCGAAGUACUUGAUCAUUUCCGACGAUUUGCUAACGACGAGAAGAUGAAACUCCAAGAGCGACGACGCAACCAGGCAUCAUAUGACCGGACGAUCAAACUUAAUGAGCUCAUGAAAUUUUCUAAGAACUUCAAACUAGGUACCCCCGUCCCUAAGGAUUUGGUACCCAUCCUAGCCAAGGAUCCUAGCAAGCAGGAGGAGAUUAUCGAGCGUGCGAAGAAACAGCAUGAAGAAAAGAAUGCUGCUGUGCCAACUAAACCAACCGCUGCUACCCCCACUGCCUCUAAUGCAGCUAGCGCGGAAACGAAGCCAGCUUCUCGUAACGCAGGAGCUUCUCGCUAUGAGGGCGGAAAUGGUCUCCCUGGAGCUAUUCCUGACCGACAAGGGAGUUAUGGACGUGGCCGUCAAGUUUAUCCUCCCAUGGGUCCCCACGCUGGACGUCAGCUUCAGCAUCCGGGAGGCCAUCCAGGACGCGCUGGGCCAGGCUUACUUAGUCACCGGUUAGUCGAGAUCCAGCAGCAACGCAAAGGCUCAAAUAUAGGGCCUGUUCCAACACCUUUACCCGCACAAGACGCCCGUGUGCAACCAACUGGCCCGACAGGAGAUCAAGGACCAAGCAACGGCCCUCCAAAAGCGGCCCACACUCCUACUUCUUCAUCCGCGUCCACCAAAUUCAAUGUUCGCGCUAUGGAAUUCAAACCGAACCCAGCCGCAAGCACAUUUACCCCUGCUGGGACCUCAGGUGGUCCAUCCGCUACUGCUGCCGUAAACGCUCGGCCUCAGUCUGUUCCACGAGCUACAAGCCCUACGGCCUUCUUUGGCUCCAAUAAACCAUUACCUGCUUCCGAAAGACCCUUAAUCGUGAAUAGCUUCAACCCCGUAAAGCGGAUGAAGAAAGAAAUUACUGAGGCAGGAUCCAAGGACUAUGCCUUUAAUGGAGGCAUUCCACCGGCCUACAGAACCGCUCCCACCUGGGAUGUCUCUCCUAUCAAUGAGAAGAAGACGUACGCGGACAUGUUCAAACCUCCGGUCACCACUGCAUCCGCUUCACCACAGUCUCGAUCUUCAAACACCCAAAUGCCACACCAGCAGCAAUUGCCAUAUCAUCUUCCGCACACUGGCCACAACCUUCCGCCAAACAGCGGACCUCCCACCCAUCUUAUCCCUCCACAGCAGCCACACGCUGCCCCAAUGCAUUACGACGAUCAUCAUCGUAUGCAAAUGUCUGCAUCGUCUUCACAGGUUUUCCCUUCUCCACGACUGCAGCACAGUACUCCGAUGGCUUACCAACACUCCGUUGGCCCUCAUAACCAGAUGGCCAUGGGCCAUGGUGUACCUCCAUACUACCCACAACCCGGCCAUGUGCGCCAUUACCCCAAUGGACCGCAAUUUUCUAACCCUCCUAACGGUGGUGCUCCGAUGAUGGCCCAUCAGGCCUCAAACGGGCCUUAUAUGAAUAUGCCACCACAAAGCAUAACUCCGUAUAAUCCUCCAAUGCAGAUGUUCUCCCCAAACCCUGGCCACGUUUACCCGCAGCACGUACCCCCAAUGCAGACACAUAGUGGAUACCCAAGCCCUAGCCGCGGUGCGCCAAUGAUGAUGCACCAAGGCUCUCAGCAAGGACCUCCUCCUCAACCAAUGAUGGCCAUGAAUGGACAGCCAGGACAAAGCUACUAUCCCCCUCAGCAGCCGAACCACAUGCCACCAAUACGUCCUGGUCACCACCAGCAGCACCCUCACUUUGCCUCCAGUCCCCAUCAAGCACACAAUUACCCGCAUCACCAGUACCGCAACCAAAAUCAAAACAACAAUAAUAAUUUUACGCAAAUACCGCAUGGGCCUCCACCACCUAUGCAACCACAAGCCGGCCCACCACCUACCGCUGCCCCAGGUUCACAUCCAACCGAAGCUCCUGAAGAAGUGAAGUGA